UAAAAAGUGUAAUUGGGGCCAGUAUAGCUUACCAGUUUGUCAUUUUCCUCUAAUCUUUUGUCAAACUCAAAGACUGAAAUGGAUAUCCCGAAAGUGGGAAAUAUCAAUACAGGUAAUUAAAUUGAAUUACAGAACAACUCGCAAGACUGUUUUGAUGUCCACUGCUAGGCAAGAAGGCUCUUUACGAUGACGGAAACGGCACAAGACCAAGAGAAUGAUGGAAUCAGACAGACCCAAACGUACGGAGUGCAGAUGUUAACAGAGGACAUCUAUGUAAACUGUUAUUGGUCUCAACUAGAGAGGGCAGUCACACAACUCCUUGCCCAAGAACCAGGAGUUUUCAUCCGAUUAUCCUAUGAACAAAUGUACAGCUGUGUCUACAAGUGUGUAUGUCAUCAAUAUUCAGAACGGAUGUAUGGGGAUCUUAGAAGAGUCCUUACUGGUUAUCUUCAGGAGAAAGCUGUAUAUCUGCAGGUAUUGCAACAGAUGUGUAAUUCAAGUGAAUUUUGUAAGCGAUUCCACACUGUGCUAAAGCAGUACACCCAAGCUCUCGGAGGAAUAGUGCCUAUAUUUACUUUUUUGAACAGAUUUUAUAUAACGCAGAAGCUUGGGAUGGAACUGAGGCCUGAACUAGAGAAACUGUUCAUACAACAUUUACAGACCCAUAUAUUUAAAGUUUUAGGCAUGCUUCAUGAGGCUCAAGCCAAGCCAUUUUCAGUUGAUCCAUCCAUUGCCUCCGAUAUCAUCCAUGGACUCUACGAAAUCAAACAAGACUAUGCAGAACUUAAUCCUGGCCUGUUUGCCAAGUACAUUCCUAGCAUCUUACCACCCUGCAAUGUUGAGAACCUGUCUGACUACAUCGCAGAGACGCACCAAAUGCAAACACAACUCCUAUCUCAAGAAGACUUCAACAGAGACAACCAAAGUCAAAAGAAGAGAAGUAACGAUGCUGAGGCAGUGGUCAGUUGACACCAGUCACAUGACAUCAGUGGACAUCACAUCUGAAAUCAGUGUACAUGUUGGUUCACCAAGUCUUUCAUGCAUGUACAGUUUAUGCCCUCAUUUUAAGAAAAAAGUGGUUUUAGUGUAAUUAUUACAGCUUGCGAAAUCAGGUGACUAAAAUUUCUAUUGAUACAAUCACUACAUGUAAUUUAUUUUAUCAGUUUACUCAGGUAAAUGUGGAAGACGAUGUUGGCAAUUUUGUUAAUUUACAUGAACCACGGAGCAGAAGUAUCAAUUUUGUUAUAUUUUCUCUUCUUUUUAUCUUCAGUUUCCUUCCUGCCAGAGUUGUCAGGUUGUCAUGGAGAUUGGAUUCAUUGUAUUUGUCAUCGCAUUGUACCUUGGCAAACCUGGUACUUCAGAAAACUGUUCAAAGGCCUAAUCUCGACAGAGGCCUGUUCAAUAAUUAUAUGAAACUAGCUACUUUGUAGGACACACCGGUUUAGGAAAAAAUGGAUAUCGAUCAAGCCUUGUGGAGACCCUGGGUUUAUACAUCAAAGAUCUCAUAUAAGCGUAAAACUCUGAUUCGUACAUUGAUAUUAACUGAAUUUAAAGUAUAACAUUUAAUUUGAAACUUCUAAAAUCAGUGGAAAAAGUAAUUAAGCUGGGAAAAAUAACCAUCAAAAUGGCGGUUGAAUCAAAACUUGAAAUAAAUUCUUGAUUGCUUUUUUUACACUUGAAAGAAAAUUAUCUGUCCUUUGCAAUUCUAAUUGAGUGUUGAACUUGUUCUAUACUUUUAUUUGUGAAUAACAAUUCAUAGUAUUAGAUCAAUGGUUCUUACUACACUAUUAAUUGUAAAAAAUGCUUCCCUGCUUUUACUCAGAAAAUGAGAACUCUCCUCGGUCAAAUUUAAAGUUUCAAAAUGGGUUUUAACUUUAAGAAAAACCAGAAUUGUACAGUUGUAUUUUGUACAUAUCUUGCAUCUAUUGCACUGUCGACAGUUUUUGUUAGUGCUCAAAGCAAAUCCAGUUUUAUACUUCAGAAGUUAAUUUACAGUGUUGUUUCCAAAAAAAAUGAAAUAAAUGCAAGUGUGUAUGUCUGUCAUGUAAA